AUGGACCAGGUCGCAUUUCUGCACAGCUGCAGUCUUCUUUGCCUAGCCGUUGCUCUAGCAGCAAGUUGUUUUACGUGCCUAUCGGGAAAUCGCCCGAACAGCGGCACGAGUGCAGUGGUUGUGACAUCAUGCCUGUUGUCCUGCUCGGUGAUGUGGAGUUUCCCGUAUUAUGUUGUCUUUGGCAUCACGGUGGCAACAGUGGGAAUUUCCUUGUCUUCUUUGCAUAGUUCACUUCAAAGUCUCUUCCAUCAGAAAGAAGCCACCACUAUGCCCGCCGCGACCUUGCUGUGGAAAGUGGUGUGUGCCAUGCUGAAGCGUGGUGAGCUCGGUCAGGCCAUAGUCUGCUUGAUAUGGGGCGUGCACUGCUUCAUCACACACGUGUUGCUGGAGUUGGAGGAUCUCGUUCUUGAUCUCGCGCCGCAGUGGCAGGGAGAGGUAUUUGUGAUAUUGGGUCAUCCUCGAAGUGCCUCAACGCAUGUGCAUCAUAUGCUCAGCCAGACGCUGCCAAGCAGUGCGUCGCUGAGUUUCUAUGAUGUCCUCUUCCCUUCCCUCAUCCAGUGGUAUUGUAUGCAGCCGUUCAAGCCUUUGGUCGACAUCUUCCUCAGCCUCCUCGACUCGCCACAGCACCGAAUCGCUGUGGAUGAGGUUGCUGAAGAACAGCAAUGGCUGCUGUUGAAGUUCAAGGACAUUUUGUUGCCCAUGCUCUUUCCAGCGAUGGUGGAUGACCCCGAGCUGUUCCGCGCAUCCUGCGACUACACCGAAGCAGACAUGAUGUUCAUCAAGGGGUGCAUGAGACGCCUUUUGAUCCGCAAGCCACAGAGCAAGCUCUACAUCGCUCGCAUGCUCACUUUCUCACCAUGGCCGGAGUACGUCACAACAGCGUUCCCCGAUGCCAAGUUCAUUGUCUGCCUGAGAGAAACUGAGGAGUGUUUACGAUCUUUCGUAAGCCUCGCAGCUGUUCACUCGGGAGGCAACCCGAACACACCGCUCUGCAAGAAGUGGGCUCAGAACUGUGCCGACACGCUCACGAAAGGCACAGUUCGAGGCCUGCAGCGCCUUGUGGAUGGCCAGGUGCCAGCCGAAUCGGUGAUGCAGGUGAACUUCAAAAGCUGGAAGGCCGAGACUCGCGCCUCGCUGAUCUGGUUGCUGAAAGAGUUGGGGAUGCACGAAGAACUGAAGGCCGUCGAGGGAUCAGAGGAAGUGAAGGUGGAGCGCCGCGAACAGCACAAGAGCAGCCCGGAUGUGACCGAUUGUCUCGAAGGAGUUGACAUAGCCAAUUGGGCCAUCGACGAAAUGAACUCCAUGAUAGAGAAGCUGAAAGUAUUCUGA